AUGCCGGAGCUGCCGGAGGUGGAGGCGGCGCGGCGGGCGCUGGAGGCGCACUGCGUGGGCCGGCGCAUCGCGCGCUGCGCCGUCGCAGACGACACCAAGGUCGUCCUAUCCGACCGCGUCGCCUUCGAGCGCGCCAUGGUCGGCAGGACCAUCGUCGCCGCGCGCAGGAGGGGCAAGAACCUCUGGCUCCAGCUCGACGCCCCGCCAUUCCCCUCCUUCCAGUUCGGAAUGGCAGGUGCAAUCUACAUCAAGGGUGUCGCCGUCACAAAGUACAAGAGAUCAGCCGUCAAGUCCACGGACGAGUGGCCCUCCAAGUACUCCAAGUUUUUCGUCGAGCUUGAUGAUGGCUUGGAGUUUUCAUUCACUGAUAAGAGGCGCUUUGCAAGAGUUCGGUUGUUUGAUGAUCCUGAAACUGUACCCCCAAUUUCUGAGCUAGGUCCAGAUGCUCUCUUUGAGCCGAUGUCUGUUGACAAUUUUGUGGAAUCACUGAGAAAGAAGAAGAUUGGAAUAAAAGCUCUUUUACUUGAUCAGAGCUUUGUAUCAGGCAUUGGUAAUUGGAUUGCAGAUGAAGUGCUUUACCAGUCGAGAAUCCAUCCGUUACAGAUUGCUUCAAGCCUAACAAGGGAGAGUUGUGAAGCACUACACCAAAGCAUCCAAGAGGUUGUGAAAUAUGCUGUCGAUGUUGAUGCUGAUUCUGACCGCUUUCCCAUUGAAUGGUUGUUUCAUCACCGCUGGGGCAAAAAGCCUGGUAAAGUUGAUGGAAAGAAAAUUGAAUUCAUAACAGCUGGUGGCAGGACUACUGCGUAUGUCCCACAACUGCAGAAGCUGACUGGAACCAAAGCGGUAGUGGCUGACCCAGGGCAAGUGAGCAACGAUGGUGUCGCAAAGGAAGCAGGGGAAGAUGGAGAUGAUGAUGAUGAUCCGAAGCCAAGAAAGAGAGUGGCCGUAUCCAGGGCUGCCAGGGGAAAGCCUCCUUCCAGAAAAACUAACCCAGUGCAAGUGAGCGAGGAUGGUGGCGCCAAGGAAGUCGGGGCAGAUGGAGAUGAUGAUGAUCUGAAGCCAAGAAAGAGAGUGGCUACAUCCAGAGCUGCCAGGGGACAGCAAAGCAAGGAUGACGCAAGUGCUCCCUCAAGGAAAACAGGGGAAAUUGCUGGUGCCAAGAAGAAACCAAGCAUUGAACAUGGCAGCAAAAACAAUGUCAAGACUGUUGAAUCAGACGGAGCUGGUGCCACUGGCAACAAUGAUCAUGGCUUAGUCGAACCUAGUGUGGCUGUGCACAGGGUAUCAGACCAUGGCGUUGCAAGAACAUCUUCAAGGAAGAAGACCAAGCCUGUCAAGUAUCAGUAGGAAGGUGGAUGAAAUUCAGUGUUGUUUGGUUACGC